GACCGCAGUUAAAUACAAAGUUCUGCCAGUUCUGUUACGUUUCUGGUGUCACAUGAAAAUUGCUCAGUUUCUCUAUUCUAAUGCAAAAACCUAACAAGAACACUUCCUUCUGCUACCAUGAAUCAAACAGUUUCUGGCUUUGUUAUAUUGGGAUUUUCAAGCUUGGGAUCAUUGCGUCAUCCUAUAUUUGUCAUUUUUCUUUUUCUUUAUUUCUUAAUAAUUACAGGCAAUGUAACCAUAGCUCUUAUUAUCUGGGCUGAGCCCCGUCUGCAUACACCCAUGUAUAUCUUUGCAGGAAUGUUGUCUUUUCUAGAUAUUUGUUACACUGCAGUUACUAUUCCGCAGAUUUUGGUCAUCUUUUGGAUUGGAAGAGUCUAUAUUUCUUUCAGUGGCUGCUUACUUCAGAUGUAUUUUUUCCAUUCUCUUGGAAUAACGGAAAAUUAUCUUUUGACUGUUAUGGCCUAUGACCGCUACAUUGCCAUAUGUAACCCCCUGAGAUACUCUACUCUCAUGACUUCUGGAUGUUGCAGGCAUCUUGUAUUUGCUUGCUGGUUGUGUGGCUUUAUGAGUCCAGUGACUAAAUUAAUUCUAGUAACUUUAUUACCAUUUUGUGGCUCUAAUGAAAUUCGCCAUCUCUUCUGUGACUUGUCUCCUCUUCUACACCUUGCUUGUGCAGACACUUAUAUCAAUGUUAUUACUGACUUUGUCAUCAACUCUUGUAUUAUUAUUUUAACAACUGCGUUCAUUGCCUUGACGUACAUGAAAAUCAUCUUUACAAUAAUCACAAUGAACAGCGCAGAAGGACGCAAAAAGGCAUUUUCCACAUGUGCAGCUCAUAUCACUGUUGUGCUGAUAUUUUUUGGUAGUGUAACCUUUAUGUAUGUAAGACCACAGAAAGUAUAUGCACCUGAAUAUGACCAACUGGUAACGAUUAACUACACCAUUUUGACUCCAUUGUUAAAUCCUGCAGUAUAUGGUCUUAGAAAUAAAGAGAUAAAGAAGGCAGUUAAGAAAUAUCUUCAGCACAGAGGUACUAGAUUUAGAUGAUAGAAUGAAUAGUCUUUUACUUUUGUUGGCUUUUUCCACAUCUUAAAAGAUUGUCAUGGUUAGACCAAGA